AUGGGAAAGGAAAAAACACAUAUUAACUUAGUCGUCAUUGGUCACGUCGAUAGUGGAAAAUCAACCACUACAGGUCACAUUAUUUACAAAUUAGGAGGUAUAGAUAGAAGAACAAUUGAAAAGUUUGAAAAGGAAUCUGCUGAAAUGGGUAAGGGUAGUUUCAAAUAUGCAUGGGUUUUAGAUAAACUUAAGGCAGAAAGAGAAAGAGGUAUUACUAUUGAUAUUGCCUUAUGGAAAUUUGAAACACCAAGGUAUUUCUUUACUGUCAUUGAUGCACCAGGUCACAAGGAUUUUAUUAAAAAUAUGAUUACUGGUACUUCUCAAGCAGACGUUGCAUUAUUAGUUGUCCCAGCAGAAGUAGGUGGUUUUGAAGGUGCCUUUUCAAAAGAAGGUCAAACAAAGGAACACGCUUUAUUAGCAUUUACCUUAGGUGUGAAACAAAUUGUCGUUGGUGUUAAUAAGAUGGAUACCGUCAAAUACUCUGAAGACAGAUAUGAAGAAAUUAAAAAAGAAGUUAAAGAUUACUUGAAGAAAGUAGGAUAUCAAGCUGAUAAAGUUGACUUCAUUCCCAUCUCAGGUUUUGAAGGAGAUAACUUAAUUGAAAAAUCAGAUAAAACACCAUGGUAUAAAGGAAGAACAUUAAUAGAAGCCCUUGAUACUAUGGAACCACCAAAGAGACCAUAUGACAAGCCAUUAAGAAUUCCACUCCAAGGUGUUUACAAAAUUGGUGGUAUUGGUACUGUCCCUGUAGGUCGUGUUGAAACUGGUAUCUUAAAAGCAGGUAUGGUUUUAAACUUUGCUCCAUCAGCUGUUGUUUCUGAAUGUAAAUCAGUUGAAAUGCACAAGGAAGUUUUAGAAGAAGCCAGACCAGGAGACAAUAUUGGUUUUAACGUAAAGAACGUUUCUGUUAAAGAAAUUAAGAGAGGUUACGUCGCUUCAGAUACCAAAAAUGAACCAGCAAAAGGAUGUUCCAAAUUUACUGCUCAAGUUAUUAUCUUAAAUCACCCUGGUGAAAUCAAAAAUGGAUAUACCCCAGUUUUAGAUUGUCACACAUCUCACAUUUCAUGUAAAUUUUUAAAUAUUGAUUCUAAAAUCGACAAACGUUCAGGUAAAGUUGUUGAAGAAAAUCCAAAAGCCAUUAAAUCUGGAGAUUCAGCUUUAGUUAGUUUAGAACCUAAAAAACCUAUGGUUGUUGAAACCUUUACUGAAUAUCCACCAUUAGGAAGAUUUGCUAUUCGUGAUAUGAGACAAACCAUUGCUGUCGGUAUUAUUAAAUCAGUUGAAAAGAAAGAACCCGGAGCUGUUACAGCUAAAGCACCAGCCAAGAAAUAA